UGCGGAUCCCGGUGUGUGCCGAUCUCCGGAGGGGGACCGGAUAAUCCAGUCGGACCUUCAGUGGAGUGGAUCUCCGCUAUCUGCACACCCACAGCAGAGGCACUUUUACAUUCCGACCGGGGGGAUUUUUGGUUUACUCACCACAGGUCACCUGUAACUGCUGAAGAGAGGGAGGAGAGGAGGACAAAUGGAAAAGGAGCAGAGGGAGAGGGGAUGAGAAAGAGAGAGCAGGACCCAUGAGAUUCCUCGUGCACAAUGGCAGCCCUUCGCUCUGCCGGCUUCUGAUUUGAAAAGAAUAAAGGGGACUUUGCCUAAAGAGGGCCGACAGGACUUUGACAUCACGUCAGUGUUUUGUCCCGCAGUGGGAGUCCUUCGUUUGUCUCAGCAGGAGUAAUCAUGAACAUAGAAUAACUCCUCUGCCACCUGUCUCUGUGUACGCCCUGCUCCUGUGACAGUCCACUGCCAUGGAGAAGACAUACUCACUAACUGCCCACUAUGACGAGUUCCAGGAAGUCAAAUAUGGCGGUCGCUAUAGCAGUGACAUCCUCAGCAAUGGCAUGACCCUCCACCUGGGGGGCAGCCUGGACCGUCACAUGGGGCGCGGCCGGGGAGGGACCCUGUCAAACAGUCGAAACAGAGAUCUGAGCAGCACCAGCAGCGGCGGAGGUCUUCCUCGGUGGAGCCGGAGGGAGAUCUGCCUCCUGUCGGCGCUGGUCUUUGCAGCAGGCAUGUGCGUCAUCUUGGGCAGCAUGCUGGCACUCAAGUACAUUUCCCUGGAAGCCCAGCAGGACCCACAGUGCCGACAGGACUGCCAACGCAAGCGCUCCCUGCUGCGGGCGGCGCGCUUCGUUCAGGCCAAUAUUGAUCCAACCAUCCAGCCCUGCCAGGACUUCUACUCCUUCGCCUGCGGCGGCUGGCUGAGGCGCCACGGCAUCCCAGAGGACAAGCUCAGCUAUGGCAUCAUCACCGCCAUAGGGGAGCACAACGAGGAGAAACUACAGCGCCUCCUGCUGGAGCCCAUACGCAGACGCAGCCCCAGCUCUGCAGAGCGUAAGGUCAAGGAGUUCUAUCGGUCCUGCGUCAACAUCCAGGAGAUUGACAAGCUGGGCUCUGACCCCAUGACGGAGGUGAUAGACAGCUGUGGGGGGUGGGACCUGGUGGGGGCUCCUCCGGGUGCUGCUGGGUGGGAGAGAGAGGGCGCCCCGCAGAGGCCAGACUUUAAUGAGCUGCUGUACAGGACCCAGGGGGUUUACAGCACCGCCGUCUUCUUCUCCCUCACCGUCAACGUGGACGACAAAAACUCCUCCAGGAAUGCAAUCAGGAUUGAUCAGGAGGGGCUGACGCUGCCCGAGAGGAGUCUCUACCUGGGACAGGAUGAGGACAGCGUGAAGAUCCUGGCAGCGUACAAGGCCCUGAUGGAGCGCUUGCUGAGCAUGCUGGGAGCUCAGAACGCCACGCACAAGUCCAAGGAGAUUAUACAGCUGGAGACGCGUCUGGCCAAUAUCACUGUGUCAGAAUAUGAUGACCAAAGAAAGGACAUCAGCACCAUGUAUAACCGCAUCACCCUCAGGCAGCUACAGCGCAUCGCUCCCAGUCUUCACUGGAAACGCUUGCUGGACAGAAUCUUCCACGACAACUUCUCAGAAGACGAAGAGAUCGUGGUGCUCGCCACCGAUUACAUACAGAAGGUCUCUGACAUCAUCAAGACCACUUCGAAGAGGGUUCUCCAUAACUACAUGCUGUGGCGCAUUGUGGCGGCGCUAAGUGAACACCUGUCCACAGCCUUCCGCAGCACCAUCCAUGAGUUUUCUCGGGAGAUCGACGGCACGGAGCAGCAGCUGGAGCUGGGCAGGCUCUGCCUCACUCAGGCCAACAAACACUUCGGCAUGGCCCUGGGAGCGCUGUUCGUCCAGCAGCACUUCUCCUCACAGAGCAAGGCCAAGGUACAGGAGCUGGUGGAGGACAUAAAGCACUCCCUGGACCUCCGGCUGCAGGAGCUGGACUGGAUGGAUGAUGCCACCAAGGAAGCUGCCAGAGCAAAGCUGAAGCACAUGAUGGUGAUGACAGGAUACCCAGACUUCCUGCUCAAACCUGAGCUCAUAGAUCAAGAAUAUGGGUUUGACGUGGACGAGAAGACGUAUUUCAAGAACAUCCUCAACAGCAUCAAGUUCAACAUCAAGCUGUCGGUCAAGAAGAUCCAUGAAGAAGUGGACAAGACAGCGUGGCUUCUCCCACCUCAGGCCCUUAAUGCCUACUACCUCCCUAACAAGAACCAAAUGGUGUUUCCCGCCGGCAUCCUUCAGCCCACCCUCUACAACCCUGAGUUCCCACAGUCUCUGAACUAUGGGGGCAUAGGAGCAAUCAUCGGCCACGAGCUAACACAUGGAUAUGAUGACUGGGUGAUGCAAUGGUUCAUGUCCCUAGGGGGCCAGUACGACCGCCACGGCAACCUCAAACAGUGGUGGACGGAGGAGUCCUACAGGAAGUUCCAGAAGAAGGCCGAAUGUAUCGUCAAGCUCUACGAUAACUUCACUGUUUAUAACCAGAGGGUGAACGGCCGUCUGACGCUGGGGGAGAACAUCGCAGACAUGGGAGGGCUCAAGCUGUCCUACUAUGCGUAUCAGAAGUGGGUGAGGGAGCACGGACCAGAGAGGCCGCUGCCUGGGCUCAAGUACACACACGAACAGCUGGUCUUCAUUGCCUUUGCACAGAACUGGUGCAUGAAGAGAAGAUCUCAGUCCAUCUACUUGCAGCUGCUGACGGACAAACAUGCACCAGAGCACUACAGAGUGAUCGGCAGUGUUUCCCAGUUUGAUGAGUUUGCCCGUGUGUUCCACUGUCCCAAGAGUUCCCCGAUGAACCCCUUGGAGAAAUGCUCCGUGUGGUGACCUCACCUCGCCGCCUGCCUGUUGACCCUGGGAU